AUAAACGUUAUACUUUUUUGUCCGUUUAUAGCUACAUUUAAUCUACUCUACAUAUGUGUGCAGGGAUGUGCUAGCUUAGUGGUUAAGGUAUUAAGGGCUAUUGAUUGAGUUUGAAUCCCAGGUCCUGGGCCCCUGAGCAAGGCCCUUUAUCCUCAUAUGCUCCCUUGUUUAAUUAAAAACGAUAUAAAUUGUAAAUUGUCGCUCUGGAUAAGGGCGAUAAUAUGAACAAUGCCAUUAUUCUUUUAUCCCUAUCAGCUCAUUCGGUUAGAUUUGAUAUUAUAAAAUUAAUCCCAGAUAUUAUCAAUAGGCAAUAUUCAUUAGAAAUCGGCUGUGUCUCAGUGUGACCGCUAAAGGGCGCCGCGCGUCUGUGAGUGCUGUGGUGGAGUAUGGCUUCUGCUCCACCCUCACUCUCUCUUUCUCUCUCUCUCUCACUCUAUCUCUCUCUCACACACACACACACGCAUACGCGCGCGCGCGCACACACACACACACACACCACGCAGACACAGUCAGUGAGUAACAGGUAGACUUGCUCCAUGAGAUCCCCAGGGAGGGAGACUCGGGCUCGCUUCUACACACACUUUUUUACACUUCUUUUCACGCACCCCGCAGCCGUGUCCACACGCCUCGCACGCGCUUUACCAUUGAACAACUUUCCGACCGCGUGUUUACGGAGACUUUCCUCUGCGACACACGGCUUGGAAAAGGAUCUCGGAUUUGUACGCUGAACUUCCAACCGGGGAAUUUUGUGGGGUUUUUUUUUUUUUUGGAGAGAGGUUGAAUCUGUGAACAGGUUUAAUAUGACGGCCGGGGAUCGUUCUGAGGACCGACUGCUCGGAUCGUCUUGUAGAAAUCGCACCUGAUUACGGACAGCGAUUCAUUCACCUUUUUUCUUAUUUUUUUUUUAUUUAUUUAUUUUUUUACACCACCUUCACCAGGACUAAACCUUCGCUUUGUCAAAGUGAAAAAGUCUGAUACACAGUGUCCGAAUAUUAGAUCUUUCAGCGGUACGGAACCGGCGGUGUAACGGGGCGCGUAAAGCCAGAAGGGAAGUCACGCGUUCAGGUUCACGUUUUGCGUCCCCGUUUGCAUGACGCAGCUUGGAGAUUUGUCGGCUUCGGAUAACCGAGUUAUGAUCAGGCCACCUGUUGAUUUCUGAGGGAAUGCAUAACCGCCGAAAUGUAACACCAUCUGAUGGAGAUCUAUGAGUGCGCGAGUAGGACGGAGAGAUACAAACGUUUCUGGUUGUGAAAGAUACAAAUCCGGUGCCUGCUUUCCCUGAACUGAGCAAGAAGCUUGAAGGGUAUUCGUAUGUCUGGAAAAGUUGCACACGUUCCAUGCACACGUCCUGCUUCCAGUCAGAGUCUUCAUGCGGUGUUGCUCAUGCUCUGCAACUGACACAGGAUAGCCAGCAUUAAUUAAUGGCCAGUUAAUUAGCAUUUAUGUGCCACUGUAAAGUGAUGUCACAUUUUAUUCAUUUUUUAAACAGUGAUAACCUGAGAUCUUGUGUAGAGCUGUCAUUACUUAAGGAUUUGCCUUUCCCAUGCACAUGUCUCCAAUCCGAAGCAGACUUCUCGUGAUAAUUGAAAUUCUUCAGAAGUUCAGGGAAAUAGAGUCGCAUCUCAAGUUCGGCCGUGUCGACACACCCAGACGGACCCUGGAAAUUUUCUCGGCAUACCAGUGGUUGUGAACAGUGCAUUAUGCCUGCCUGGGCCCCGAAUCUGCAGCUGGGCCAAUGAGGCUCGCCGCACAGCGCCUGGCCGGGCUCUGGCCGUGGCUCUUCACGGCUGCCCUGCAGGUGGCGCUGGGCCAUGCGGGCCUGGAGGUGGCAGCGACCCGCGCCCUCAUCAAGGUCACGCUGCUCAACCCUAAAGCCACGGUCAGUCCCUACACCCUGGAAGGGGUGUUUGCGGGAAGCAGCAGCGGAUUCGCUGAUGGUAAACUCAUGCAGUCUCACCCGCUGUCUCUGUGUAACACCAGUGAGGAUGAGCGACAAGAAAGCUUCUUCAUCAGCAUUGUUAAGCUGGAGAGUCCAGAGAGCAAAGUGCCCCAGUGCCUGCCACUUCUGGAGAAAGCUCGUCUAGCUCUAAACAGGGGAGCUCAGGCUGUCAUUUUUGACAUCACUGAUGAUCUUAAUGCUGCUAUUGAGUUGAAUUCUGGCAUCUUGAAGAAGCCUGUGGUGAUGGUGAAGGCAGGGGAUGCUGAGGUGCUGAUGGGACUGGUCAAUAAGAACGAGGAGGCCAAAGUCGAGAUCAACAUCAUGAUGGAGACACCAAAAUGGACUCAUUAUGAAGUGGGAAUCAUCAUGACAGUCUUCUCAGUCGUGCUGGCAAUCAUUAUGAUCUUUGCCUUUCGCUCUCGCUGCAGGUCCAACAGAACUUGGGACACGGUGCACCAGCAGACCAUGCGGGCCAUUAGCAGGCUGGAGACGCGUACCUACAGCUCUCAGGGCUGCUCGGGAGGAUCCCAUCAUCCACGUGGUGGUCUAGGAUCUAACAGCAGCUCCAGCUCGGGCCCUAUGUGUGCCAUCUGCCUUGAAGAGUUCCUGGAUGGACAGGACCUGAGGGUCAUUUCAUGUGCGCAUGAGUUCCAUAAGGAGUGUGUGGACCCUUGGUUGCUUCAGCACCGGACGUGUCCGCUCUGCAUGCACAACAUAAUGGGUGCAGAGCCGAGUGGUCGUCAGCCUCAGCGAGUCCGUGGACAUCCACCCCCAGAGCACAGCCAGGCAUUUCUUCACACCCACCCACAGCAAUACACAGCUUCUCACGCUUUCCCCCAGCACCCCAUUCCCUUCUCCCUACGACCCCAUUACCCCCGCACCUUGUCAGGGCCCUAUCCUCAGCUGGGAGCCUACGGUGGCUCACCUCCCUACCACACUCGCUUACUGAGCACCAGCUGCAGCUAUCAUCUUACCCCGGAUGGGCACCGUGCCCGACCUCGCCACAGCUGCCGCAAUGUUGGGCACCACUACACAUCACCGCGUCAUCCGUGCCACCACUGCCAUGCUAACCGGACGCGACAUCAAAACCACCACCAAAACCAGCGCCACGCAGGUUCUCAGGGGCGCCACGAUGAGGGCAGCUGCUCAGGGGCCAGCUAUGGCACGGAACGCAGUGGCUACUUCCCUGAUGGACCUGGCAGUGACUCAAGCUCGGGCCCAUGCCACGGCUCAUCCAGUGACUCUGUGCUCAACUGCACCGAUGUAAGCCUACAGGGUGUCUACGGCAGCUGCUCCACCUUUCGUAGUUCACUCAGCAGCGAGUACGACCCAUUUGUCUACCACAGUGCCGGUUCUGAAGGUCCGACAGGUAGUACCAGGCCCCGAUCUCUAGAUUCAGGAGUUAAUCAGACUAGUGGAGGGCUUGGGUUUGAAGAACCACAGCAGCAACAGGCUGUAUUCAGCCAUGUGCAUUACCAUAGACACAGACACCACUAUUACGAGGAGGGCGAGCCUAGCCAAGGACCAGGAAGAGGCUCUGAUGAGGAACAAGGGACUUCAGGAGUAGCAGCAGGCAAUUUGCCCAUGAGUAAGGACUCAGCAUUAUGUCAGGGGGCACAUGUUGCCUGCCAUUGCCCCAAAACGGACCCUAUAGACAGGUGUGGACCUCCUGGUGGAGUGGAGGACCGGGAAGCAGUAGCUCCUCCGUCCCCCACUUCCUCCUUGCCUGGCACCUCAAUGCUGAUCCCUGCACCAGCCUGCUGCCACCCAGGGCACCCGCACUGCACCACCAGCUGCAGUCUGGAAGCUUCAGCCCCACCCAUUCCAGCUGUGCACUUCCAUCAGAGAGUGGAUCUACAGGACGAUUGCAGCAUUCACAUUCACUAUGGGCAAAGUCCUGCAGGUUACUGCUGCCCCUCUCCUCUGGGUGCAGCAUCCAUGCUGCCUGUCCCUGUAAUCCUGGACUCUGGUGGUCUGGCAGAGUGGCCUUGCUGCAGAGGGGCACGAAGGGGGUGGCAAAAGCAGGUGCAACAGGCUCACUCUGAGCCACAGCUAAUGGGGACAGGCACUCUAUUGGACACACCUCUUUGCAGAGGGCAUCACAGUGCCGGGCACGAGUUGCCCACAGAAAUUUGUCUCUACUGCCAAAGUGUACGCAAUAAUCAGGGAUCAGAGGAAGAGUCUGGUGUUUGAGAACUCUCUCCAUCCCCAAACCUCACGCUGCUACACAAGAGCCGAAAUGGACAAACAGAUCGGCCGUCUCUCCCUCUCUCUGUCUCUCGCUCCCUCACUUUUUUCACAGUCUUCCAAAUAAUUCCACAUUUCAAGACAGGCAUCCUAUUUCAGCAUCACUCACUUCCCACAAUUGUUCUGUAACUAAAGUCUGAUGCUUUGAGGGAAAAAAAAGGGUUCCUCUUGGGUUCUUUGGAUGGAUUUUUUUUUUUUUUCCUGUAACUUUUUCUUUUAUUGGAACCUUUACAUAGAAGGUGUCUCCAAGAGGCAAAUAAAAACAAAAAAGAAAACCCGAUGGAACUUUUUUCUAAGAGUAUAGAGGGAUGUCAGUUCAAACUCAAUUCCAGCAGGUGACAAUUGAUGGUUAAUGGUACUCUUGAUGUAUUAGAAACUUGUAACCCACGGUUCGGAUUCUGUUAUUUCCUUUCUUUUUUAUUUCUCAGUCUCAGUCAGGUUUACCAUGUUCAACUGAGAGAUGUUGGUUAGACCAUUACAAAAGUGGUGAAAAGUUCAUUUAAGAAAAACAAAAACAAGUCCCAGAAUUCCUUAGUUACCUCCAUGCAUCACUGCAAGCUGGGGUAGCAAAAGCAGGCCCCUUUUCUUCAAAAUCUCCCCUUUUGGGGGAAUUCUUACGUCACAGUACACUGUAGUGAUCCAUUUUGGGCAUGUUAGUGAAGAAAAAGAAUACCCAUGUUGAUUGCUGGUAAAAUAAUACCCUUAACCCCUAUAUGACUUCAUAUCCUGUCUGCUACUUAGAACUACAAAUCAGACCCAGCGGCUCCCUUUUAACUCACCCUGAUCUUAUCUCUGCAGAACACUGAACGCACCCAAACAUAUGAUAUCAUCGAUCAGAAUGGAAAAUGAAAGGUGUGCAAUGCUUGCAGUUAGGAUGUCAUCUGAAAUGAUGAUGUCACUCAAGUGUUCAUGGAAUAAGUGCCUGCCUCUCUCUCUCUCUCUCUCCUUCUCUCUCUCUCUCUCUCUCUCUCUCUCUCUCUCUCUCUUUCUCCAGCCUACCUCAGAUAACCAAUCAGAAAAGUCCUGUUCACAUCACAGUACUUCAAAAGUAAACCUCUCGCCUGGCACCCACUCUGUUUACUUCUGAUAAGUGAGAGAUAGGGCGCUUUAAUCUGUCCUCAAAAAAAAAAAAAAAUAAAGGAUCACUGACUGUUUGGAGGUCAUUUAGGUUUUGGGUCUUGUGCUCGUUAAUUUGAGAAAGGCAGCUGUCGUUUGUGUCAUGGUUUUUAUUUUUGUGUGUGUGUGUCCAUUUUGUUGUUGUUUCCUCGGUUAAAAACGAAGCGAACUGACUGAAAACUUUAGGGCUGGCAAGGAUUUCGGAACCUACGCUCAGUCAUCUUUCAAGCUUCUUUGUCAUUUAGCUUGGGCUGAGGAAGCGCUAGAUCACCCACGCUUUUACCUCUGACCCUUUACCUCGUGUAUGACUCGGCGUGGAUACGGAUACGGAUAAGGAUCAUUUCUUUCCAAAAAAAAACGCUCUUCAGCCUGCAAGCUUGCCAAAGGUGCCUCUUUUCUUUUUUCUUUUUGUUUAAUAGACUUUGCUGCAAGAUUUCCUUACUUAAAUAUGCUGCGUUCGAUGUUUCUUCAGAAGUCGGUAUGCUUUAUCCGUCAUCCGGAAUACAUUUCACGGUAUAUUCGAUUUAGAGUAUAUCAACUGCACGUUGCGAUCCAUAUGCAUUCUCACAACAAAUGGGCAACUGUCUAAAGACAGCGCAGAAAGCGUGCCUUUGUUAUAAUAAGCGUAGAUCAGUUUAUAAUAUGGAUCUGAUCUCGUAAUUUAGCCCAAAAUGAUUGUUAUGACUGUUUUUCAUUUCUGCUUUCAAGGUCAGACUGGCAAGAAGGGGCGGUGGAGGGGGGUGGGGGGUGGGGGUGUCAUGGUCACCUUAGACGAAGGAGACAUCAGGUCAUCAGAGCAAAAUGUUGUGUAUAGAUAGACCGUGGACUUAGACCUCGAGGAUUUUUUUAAUAUUUCUUUGUAAUAAAUAAAUGAAUGAAACCACUAUGGAUCCUAUACAUUUCAACUGGCGACGCUCAGAGAGUGACGUACUUCAACCGAAGUUAGCAAUAAAAACGGGAAAGAAUACGAGUACAGCCGUCUAUUCCGAUGUCGUUCGAUUCGUCACAUGCAGUCAUCUUUUUCUUCGUGCCUUGAUUAAUUACCACCAUGAGCCUGCCUUACAGAAGACCUGCUUUGCACUUCUGCGUUGCCUUUAUGAACGUUCUUUCAUUACAGGCUUUGUCUUAAAUUUAGAAUUUCACAUGCAGCACUUUGGAAAAAUGUUUAAAAUAAAAAAAAGAGUGAAAGCUGAAGCAAAUAAAAAAAAAAACAAACAAGCUAAGCAU